AGUUCGAGGUGCCAGCUGCAGAAAUCAACCAAUAAUUUAGUUUUUUCAAACUACAUUUAAAAACUUUUUUGUACUUCUUCUUUUUUUACAUAAGUAAUAUUCAUAAAUAGAUGCAAACACUGCAACAUUAAUUUGAAUCAUUACUCCAUUGAUUAAGAAUAACCCCAGACAAAAGAAUAUGGAUUAAGCUAUUUAAUAAGGGAGGUGAUGCAAAGUGAAUAUAAAAUAAUAUUUUUCCCUGUCCCUAGAAGUGUAAAUGAUUAGAUCCGAAUAAUUUAAAUUAAUGUUAUUAUUGCGUUUAUUCUGGGUUGUUGGGACGCACACGCCUCCCACCUGCUCUCUCUCUUUCUCUCCCUGUCUAUAUUUCUCUACCUCUCUCUCUCUUUAAACACUUUUCUCUCAGCUUCCCAAGAUGGCGGCAGCCUCGUCCAUCCAGCCGCCGAUCGUUCACUCUUCUCUCAACCGGGAUAGUGUGCUCUCCCCGGACAUGGACAGCCCCGAAAGCAGACAGCCGGAGGAUGAAGAGGCGGCGGUGGCCGCCGCAGCGCAGCCCUCCGAGCCGGGCGUCAGCCUCCGCGACCUGCCGGACCUGGACCCGGAGGAGAUCGAGAGGAGGUUGGCCAAAACUCGCCGGGAGCUGAGCAACAGGAGAAAAAUCCUCAUCAAAAACCUGCCGCCGGACACCUCCAACCAGGAAGUCCAUGAAAUUCUGAAAGAAUAUGAGCUGAAGUACUGCUUUGUGGACCGCAACAAAGGCACAGCCUUUGUGACUUUGCUGAACGGGGACCAGGCUCAGGAUGCCAUCCGCUCCCUCCACCACAGCACUGUCCGAGGACGCCUGAUCAACGUCACCCUGCAGCCCACAGAUUCCCUGCUCUGCCUCACCAACCUUCCCCAUACCUUCACGGCGCAGCAGUUUGAGGAGUUGGUGCGCUUGUAUGGAAACAUCGAGCGCUCCUUCCUGGUUUAUAGUGAGCUAACGGGCCACUCCAAGGGAUAUGGGUUUGUCGAGUACAUGAAGAAGGACUCUGCUUCGCGGGCUCGCUCGGAGCUGCUGGGUCGACCUCUGCAGGGGGAUCGGUCGCUGAUGGUUCAGUGGAUGGACGUCAACCAGCUGAGCCAGGAGGAGAACCUGCACUCCAAGUGUCUGUGUGUGGACCGGCUGCCUCUGGACCUCUGCGACUCUGAGGAACUGGCCCAGCUCUUCUCUGAAACGUACAAACCAGUCUUCUGCCAGCUUGCCCAGGAUGAAGGGAGCCCAUUGAGAGGUUUUGGUGUGGUGGAGUACGAGAGCGCGGAGCAGGCUGAAGCUGUGCUGACGGAGAUGGACCGAACUCUGGUGGGAGGACAGGAAGUUCGUCUUUCGCUCUGCACCCCCGGCACCUCAGGGAGAAGCACCUUGGCUGCUCUCAUUGCUGCACAGGGUAUGAUUCUGAGUAACAGAAAAGGAUUACUACCAGAACCAAACCUGGCUCAGCUGUUGACCAGUAUGACCAACCCAGCUGCCCUUCAGAUCCUUAUGAGGCCGUACCAGGGUGGGAAAAGAGGAGGAAAGUAUGGGCGUAAUGCAGGCCUCCCGUUCCUCAGACCUCCUCUCACUGCUGCCCUCCUAACACUAGGAAAGGCUCACCAGAAUGCUAUGGUUGGUAAUGGACUUGUCCUCCAGAAUCUCCUCCACAUGCAGCUCGCUCAGCAGCAGCUUCUUCACAUCAAAGACAAGCGCAUCAGCAGUGUCACCAGUCUGCUUGGAGACCCUUCCAGACUACUGAUGCAGAAAGCUUUGUCUCUGCGACCUCCAGGUCUCUUGCCGCUGGGGAAAGGCCUCCUGGGAGAUUCCCCUACAGAGUUGCUCCAGGAGCCAAAUUCUACCCACAACUCUACAGUAGUGGUAUCAGCAGCAGGUGUGAUGCCAUACCUUCAGGGUCGAGGAGCAGGAACAGGCGGGGGAGACCAAAACAUCUCCCAUUCUGUGUCAACAACCCCUUCUGCUUCCUCCUCUUCCUGUCCCACCUCCUGCGACAGGCAGCCGGCUCCUCCCGGGACGAUGGGGAGCGCCCAGCCACAGGGGCAGACGUUCUCUUUGGGUAUAAGUAACUCAGGCCUUGGCCCGCCUCCACCUAAGCCCCCUGGAGGGGGGUAUACAUCAUCAGGCCAGCACAACAGCUCAGAUGGUAACAGCCUGACUAACAUGGUAAACUGUGGUCAGAAUUCUUUAUUGGGUGAUCCGCCUAAAGAAGUGAGACUGCCCUCCAAUCCUUACCUGAACUUGGCCAGCGUGAUGCCAGGAGUUGUUCUGCAAAACUCUGUGGCUAACAAGCCUCAGGGAGGACAGCCGGGCUCCGGGAUCUACGGGGCCCCAGUGGCUCCUGUGGUCUCGCAGGGCACUGCCUCAUUCUCCCACAGUGCGGCGGCUACAACCCACAACCCGUACAACGCCGACACCUCCUCCGACUUCACCCAGUACAACCAAGCCUACACGCAGGAGGCCAUGCACCAGUGGUACCAGCAUUACCAGGCAGCGCAGGCACACACCUACAGCACCACAGCCCCACAGGACGGCACGGCCGCAGACUACAGCAAGGAGCACACACAGGUUCCUGCCGCCUCCACCUACGGGGAUUACACUACCUACAUGCAGGCUGUCACUCAGUACUACUCCCAGCCUGCAACAACCAACCAGGCCUUCGCCAGCAAGGAAGUGGAAGUGUGUAAACCUUUGGGGGUCCCACUGCAUGCAGUCAGUAACGGUCCAGCUCCUCCUCCCGCAGUCCUGCCUGCCGCCGCCGUGCUCCCAGCCUACAGUACCCUGCCUUUAAUGCCCGGCUUCCUCGGAGCUCCACACCCACCUGCAGCUACACCCAGCUCCGUCACACAUGCACACACUGCAGCCACCGACUGGAACACGUACUAUUAUAACCAGACCCGUGGCAUUAAGAGGGACUACCCUCAGCUAGCGGUGCAGGAGGCGCCGCCAUCAGAGGGCGCGUACAUCGGGCAGCACUCCCAGGGCCUGGGGGGGCAGUAUGCCGACUACUUCAAGAGGAAGAGGCUGUAGAGUGAACCAAAUGACCUUAAAGCCCACAGCUUCAGGAGGGAGACACAACCAGCUCCCUCUAGUGGCCUUUUCUGUGGCUGCCAUUGUGCGUCCCUGCAGUCGGUGUCAGGUUGUGUUGAGUCAGGGUUGCAGAUGGCUGGAGUGAAAACAAGCCAUAGUGCUCUUUGAUUUUGAAACUUUAGUACACUCUUUCACAGUAUUGCUUUUGUCUUGUUCAAGCCUUAACUAUUUAUCUUAAAUGUCAGUUUCUCUGUCACUGUUCCUAACAAAUAUUAUCCUGUACACCUUUUUUUUUUUUCAAACAUAAUCUAAACUAAAGUAUAUUAUAUGUGUGUGUAGAAGCUGCUUUUGUAUUUGCAGGCAGCUGACCUGUCUGGAUGUUGAAACUGCUCCCCCCCCCCCAUUUGGUCCUUUCCACAUCUUUUAUUUUCUUUUAAAGAAACUCUCAAAUUUGAUUCGUCAGUCAGACUGACAGUCAUUUCUUCUAGCUUCACUGCCUUUUAUUACCCAGGACUCUCUCUAAACCUACCUGUGGGUGUGUGUGUGUGGGUGUGUGUGUGUUUUGUGUUUUGCUUUGCUGUUAUCUGUAGGAAGCGUCAGCCAUUUCUAUCCCAAGUUUUGGGAGAACAUCAGGAAAAAAAAGGGUCUAAACCGAUCAAAUCCCUUAAUUUUGGUGAAUUAAAUGGAGUCCCUCAAUAGUUGGACUUUUCAGAUGUAGAUUGAGGGAAUAACUAAAUUAACUGCUGUGUAAAUAUUGCAGUGUAGUGUAGAAUAUAUAAAGCCAUGCGUAACAGACAAUAACACAUAAAAUAAAGGGCGUUUUGAUGCUCAUUUUUGAGUGUGGUGUACAACAGAAAAAAAUAUUCAGCGUCAGAUUUGUUUUAUCGAUCUACAAUAUACUCUUAUAUAUUUGUAAUAUAAUAUUCCAAGGCAGUUUGAGUAUUGUAUUAACAAUAAGUCCUGAUGAGACUUUAACGUAGUUAUUUGGUUUGUUUUGUACUGUUUAAGCCAAAUAUUCGGGUGCAGUUUUCCUCCUCUGCUGUUUUUGUUGUAAAUCAUUUUCUCUCUUUUUUUGUUUUUCUGAAAGUUUUGUUGAAUCUGUAACAGGAGCUUUAAUUUUAUAUUCAGACGCCACUUUCAUAAAGCUUUGAGACUGUAGAAAUGAUGCAAUGCAGAAUCACUGCACAGCUAAGAAAUAACAUGGCUGAGGAUUUUGCACGGGAACUGUUAAAUAUUAAUGGUUGAAAGUAAUAAAAUGGCUCCAGGAGGCUCCCCAUCCCUGCCUUAAAAUAUAUUUGUUUUAUUUGUAGAAAAAUAAUUCAGCAGUUCCAUUGAGCGAUUGAAUUAUCUCUGACAUUUAGCAGUUUAAUUGGAUUUGCACAAUGAACAUACAGUUCUGGUACACUCAUCAGCAUGAAAAUUAUGUUUAUUUGCGGGUUUUAAUGAUUUACUUGAACUGUUUGUUGUUGUUUUUUCAUCAAAUUCCUGGGUGAUGUAGAUUCGGUUAUUUUCAUUUGAUAAAAAUGUUUAUUCCCAAAUUGAACAUUUCCUCUAGUAUUUAUAUAGUUUGCAGGAAACUCCUUGCCAUCACCCUAAUCUUUAGCUCCCUUUACAAACUUGCUAUCAGUUUGAAAUCUGGACAGAGUCACUCCAGACAUUAAACAUACUUCUGGUCAGAAGAAACAUUUUGAUAAAAUGAAAACAUUGUGUUUUAAUCAGCAGGAUCAGGACAGCACAUCCAGCUUGCCGUAAAUUGGCACCAACCAGAAGGAACGUCUCACUGAUUUACUAACAACGAUUGAAUGUAAGCUUGUGGUCAGAACUGUAUGUUCAACAACAAUGUGCAAAAUAUUCCUCUUAAUUUAUUUGACCAGUUUAGUAGCAGUAAAGUCAACCAGAUUAUUUUUUCAUGUGAUUAAGAUAGUUUGUAAGAGUUUUUCUGUAUUUAAAGUUUUCUGUAUUUAAAGUUGAAAUCUAGACUUUUUUUUUUUUUUUUUUUUUUUUGCACAGUUGAAACCAGAUAUUUA